GUAUUAAUUAUUUUUUAAAACAUUACAUAUGGGAAUAUAGCCGUGCGCAUAAUUUUGAUGAGAAGUCUUGUAAUUCAUUAAGGGGAAAGAUUUUGGAUUCUUGCUGUUGCCAGAGAAUGAACAAAAUGUCCCCACUGUACGUCCUUGCUCUCUGUUGCCUGGCAACCACAGUUUUCGCGAAGUAUGACUGCACAAACAAUGGCGGAUAUGGUUGUAAAUAUGGCGGAACGUGCCACUUCUAUGGCUUCUGUAUUUGCCCAAAAGGAUUCCAAGGCGAUGACUGUGGAUUAAAGACUGAGCUCAUUUCAACAGCCGCCAACUGUACAGCAGAGUGCAAAAAUGGAGGCACAUGCUACGAAAGCGACAGGUGUUAUUGCCCCCAUGGAUUCAUCGGAGAUCUGUGCGAAAUCCCAGACACUGUGGCUAGGUGCGCCCCCGACAGGAUGAUCAUUGAGGCUUACAGACCCCUUGGAUUCGUGGGAGAGGUUUACAUGUUCAAGAACAGAAAAUCUUGCGCCCUGAAACAGGUUCCUUCAGAUAUCAGGGACAUGAUGAAACUGGAGAGAGUGGUGCUACACAGUGACAAGACGGAGUGUGCCCUUACACGUACCCCCGACACACCCAAGUUAGGGGAUGUUACUAUGAAGACAACUGUUGUUAGUACACACAACUACAAUCAAUUUGGACCACGUGAUAGUAUCAUGGACGUCUCUUGUGUACACACUAAUAGUUUCCAAGGAUCAACAAAGGAAAUCACAGAAACAGCUUUCCCGUUCCGUAUGGUUGCUUUGGAUAUGAAUGGUGAACCCGUUCAAGCACUCGCUGCCAAUGAGAGCAUUAUACUGCAAUUUGAACCGGUUGGAAUUCCAGAUGUUCGUGGCGUUAUGGUUGAGUAUUUGGAAGUCUACAGUAUCAACGCUAAUUCCAACGAGGUUGUCAGCAAAACUAUCAUAGAAAACGGAUGUGUACUGAGAACAGCACAGCAGCAUUUGGAAAUUCCGAUCCGAAAUUACUCAGAGAUGAACAGACAGGGAACCUCCUGGGUGGCGAGAGUUGCAAUGAGAGCUUUUAUUUUGCUCCCUGGAGAACCACUGUUAUUCAAGUCUAGAUUACGCUUCUGUCCAGGAAAGUGCCACGGGGUGUUUGUAUGCUCAGACAAGCACUCGGCCCUGAUCAAAUGGAGAGUGAACGGGCCAUUUUAACAACAGGACAAAAUGUAGAUUUAAUGAGGAAACUUUAUGUAACCUCAUAUUAACCCCCUCUUAACAAAAACACUCAUUAUUUUAACUUCACCAUACAGUGCUUAUCAGUAUUAAAAUUUGGUGUUAGUGUUUACAGUAAUUAUAUUUUUAUCCAGAAAUUAUUUUCUUGUAUAUUUAUCGACUAACCCGAAGUUGCGAAACACACAGCUUGAAUUUUAGCUUUCACCCUAACAGACAAAAUACAUGUUCUGUAAGAUGAAUAAGAUGGUGUUAUGCUUUACCUGUAUUCAGGACAUACUAGUAUUCAUUUAAAGAAAAAAUUGCCAAAUUUCAUCGUAAUUUAUACUAAAAUGCUGUUUGGCACGUUGCAUGGAGCGCCAUUCUUCAUAUAUAUUUUCUGAAAUCCAGAUACCUGCAUAAUAAUUCUUGCAUAAUAUUACGCUAUACUACAUUUGCAUUUUGCGAUGAAGUCUUCUUGAUGGACGACCUUUUACAAGAAUGUCAUCUCAUUCUUUAUCUUAACGACCGGUGUUGUUGAUAACUCUAUGAAAUCUGUUUUAUUCUGGUGAUGAAUGAAUAAAAAAAUAUAUUUUC